AGUCUACCUCUUGCGGCACCCGUCGUUAGUCCUCCAACUCUGUUUGCCGCGCGCCCCUGGGUUACCCCAGAAGCAACAUGUCAGCGUGCCUGGCACCUCCAAGCCUGCGCGAACGUCCUUGUAGCCAGCAAUGACCAAACAUUUAGGGCGCACCUGAGCGCCAGGCCCACACCACCCCUGCUUCCUUUCACUUAACAGCCUCGACCAGGCCCCACUAUGAGCCAGAUUUCAGGGAAGAGGACGCAGUCCUGGGUCCCCGGGCGCUCUUCGCCGCGCCAGACAGCUGCGUAGGCAGAUCCUGUCCCACUAGUGGGCGGCCUCGGCCCCUGCCCUGAGGCGCGUCAGAGGACAAGAGGCCCAGGUCGUAGGGAACGGCUGUGUGCCCGACCGCUCAGGGUGCUGGCUGGGGUGGCGGGGACUGGAGCGGGGUGGAGACCUACCCGGGUCUGGGGUCCAGCCCUGCGGGGCGCCGUCCCCGCCCCGUCCCGCCCCGCCCUACCCGCAGCCGCCGCCGUAGUCGCCGGGCCUGCGCCGCGCAGCCCGCCUAGGGCGGGAGGCGGGAGGCCGGGCCCAGGCCGGGGCAGCCCCUCAACCGCACCGCCCUGGGCCGGUGCCCAGGUCCAAGUCGCCUUCCGCCUGCCCCCCCCCCAUUCCCCCCCCACCCCGGCAGCCCCAGCCAGGUCCCGCCGCCAGGCUGGCUCCCGCCCCCGCUCCGCCCCCGGAGCCGCAGCCCCGCCCGCCACCGCCGUCGCCAUGUUGUGGCUCCCGCAGCCGGCGCUGGGGACGCGCGCGGCCGAGACCCGGGCCUGCAGUCGCCGCCGCCGCCGCCAGGUAUUUCUAAAGAAAUCACUCCUUUUCUGGUGUGGCUCUGGGCUGCCUCCUAUGGACCACUGGGCUCAGUCUCAAACAUCAGCAUGGGGGAUUCUAGAGGCCUUGCUUGAUAUUACAACCUGGGGAUCAAAGGACUGUGAAGAGCAAGAGUUCUCAUGUGUGGUGUUUGGACUCUAGACCAUGUGCCUAGGUAGAAGUUUUUCCUUUCUCCGCAGCUCUGCUCCCCUAGCAACGCUCGCCACACCCUUGUUUUGAGAUCCUGUCUAAGCCCUUUCCAGCAUCCAGCCAUGGGGGAUAUGAAAACCCCAGAUUUUGAUGACCUUCUGGCUGCCUUUGACAUCCCAGACCCCACCAGCCUUGACGCCAAGGAGGCCAUCCAGACACCCAGUGAGGAGAAUGAGAGUCCCCUCAAGCCUCCAGGCAUUUGUAUGGAUGAAAGUGUGUCCUUGUCUCACUCAGGAUCAGCCCCUGAUGUGCCGGCGGUGAGUGUCAUUGUCAAGAACACCAGCCGCCAGGAGUCGUUUGAAGCGGAGAAAGACCACAUUACUCCCAGCCUCCUACACAAUGGAUUCCGGGGUUCAGAUCUGCCUCCAGAUCCCCACAACUGUGGGAAAUUUGAUUCUACUUUUAUGAAUGGAGACAGUGCCAGGAGUUUCCCUGGCAAACUGGAGCCUCCCAAGUCAGAGCCAUUACCCACCUUCAAUCAGUUCAGUCCAAUCUCCAGCCCAGAACCUGAAGAUUCCAUCAAAGAUAACGGAUUUGGGAUAAAGCCCAAACACUCUGACAGUUAUUUCUCAUCCCCUCUUGGGUGCGGGGCUGUGGGGGGUCCAGUCCUGGAGGCUCUGGCUAAGUUUCCAGUCCCAGAGCUACAUAUGUUUGAUCAUUUUUGUAAGAAAGAACCCAAGCCAGAACCCCUGCCCUUGGAGAGCCAGCAGGAACACGAGCGAGGUGGGCAGAAGGCAGUGGAACCUCACAAAGAUCUGGAUGCCACUCGAUUCUUUGGGGAAGCUUUGGAGUUUAACAGCAAUCCUAGCAACAGUAUUGGAGAGUCCAAGGGGCUUGCCCGGGAGCUUGGUACCUGCUCAUCAGUCCCCCCUAGGCAGCGUCUAAAGCCAGCUCAUUCCAAGCUGUCCUCUUGUGUGGCAGCUUUGGUGGCCUUGCAGGCCAAAAGAGUGGCUAGUAUCACUAAGGAGGAUCAGCCUGGCCACACAAAGGGUCCCUCAGGGCCCACUAGAGAGGGUUCUAAAGGUAGCCCCAAAAUGCCUAAGUCACCAAAGAGUCCCCGGAGCCCUCUGGAGGCCACUAGAAAAAGUAUCAAGCCAUCCGACAGCCCUCGUAGCAUCUGUAGUGAUAGCAGCAGCAAAGGCUCACCGUCUGUGGCUGCCAGCUCCCCACCAGCAAUUCCCAAAGUGAGAAUCAAAACCAUUAAGACAUCAUCAGGGGAAAUCAAACGGACUGUCACAAGGAUCCUGCCAGAUCCUGAUGAUCCAAGUAAGUCCCCUGUUGGGUCACCUCUAGGGAGCGCCAUUGCCGAGGCCCCAAGUGAGGUGCCAGGGGAGGAGGUGCCUGUGGAAGAGCACUUUCCUGAGGCAGGCACAAAUUCAGGGAGCCCCCAGGGGGACAGGAAAGGGGACGAGAGCAUGUCAAAGGCCAGUGACUCUUCAUCUCCCUGCGGUAGUUCUGGGCCCCGGGUCCCAAAGGGGGCUGUCACGGGCACACAGACAGGCAAGAAGCAACAGAAUACAGCACUGCAGGCCUCUACCCUGGCCCCUGCCAACCUCCUGCCCAAAGCCGUACACUUGGCCAACCUGAACCUCGUCCCCCACAGUGUUGCUGCAUCAGUGACAGCCAAGUCCUCAGCGCAAAGACGGAGUCAGCCACAGCUUACGCAAAUGUCGGUGCCCCUUGUCCACCAGGUGAAAAAGGCUGCCCCACUGAUUGUAGAGGUCUUCAACAAGGUCCUCCACAGCUCCAAUCCCGUGCCCCUCUAUGCGCCAAAUCUCAGCCCGCCUGCGGACAGCAGGAUCCACGUGCCGGCCAGUGGGUACUGCUGCCUGGAGUGUGGAGAUGCAUUUGCCUUAGAGAAGAGCCUGAGCCAGCACUAUGGCCGGCGGAGCGUCCACAUUGAGGUACUGUGUACACUGUGCUCCAAGACGCUGCUCUUCUUCAACAAGUGCAGCCUACUGCGGCACGCCCGUGACCACAAGAGCAAGGGGCUCGUCAUGCAGUGUUCCCAGCUGCUGGUGAAGCCCAUCUCUGCGGACCAAAUGUUUGUGUCGGCCCCUGUGAACUCCACGGCACCAGCAGCCCCAGCCCCUUCAUCCUCUCCCAAACAUGGCCUCACUUCGGGCAGUGCCAGCCCCCCUCCUCCAGCCUUGCCGCUCUACCCAGACCCCGUGAGGCUCAUCCGGUACUCAAUCAAGUGUCUUGAAUGUCACAAGCAGAUGCGGGACUAUAUGGUCCUGGCUGCACAUUUCCAGAGGACAACAGAGGAGACAGAGGGGCUGACCUGCCAGGUAUGCCAGAUGCUGCUGCCCAACCAGUGCAGUUUCUGUGCCCACCAGCGGAUUCAUGCACACAAGUCCCCCUACUGCUGCCCGGAGUGUGGGGUCCUCUGCCGCUCUGCCUACUUCCAGACACAUGUAAAGGAGAAUUGCCUGCACUAUGCCCGCAAGGUGGGCUACAGGUGCAUCCACUGUGGUGUCGUCCACCUGACCUUGGCCUUGCUGAAAAGCCACAUCCAGGAGCGACACUGCCAGGUUUUCCACAAAUGUGCAUUCUGCCCCAUGGCCUUCAAGACUGCCAGCAGUACCGCGGACCACAGUGCCACCCAGCACCCCAUGCAGCCCCACAGACCCUCCCAGCUCAUUUAUAAGUGCUCCUGUGAAAUGGUCUUCAACAAGAAGAGGCACAUUCAGCAGCAUUUUUACCAGAAUGUCAGCAAGACGCAGGUGGGCGUCUUUAAGUGCCCUGAGUGCCCACUCUUGUUUGUGCAGAAGACGGAGUUGAUGCAACAUGUCAAGAGCACCCACGGUGUUCCCCGAAAUGUGGACGAGCUGUCAAGCCUCCAGUCUUCAGCGGACUCAUCCUCAAGCCGCUCUGGCCCUCGAGUUCCCACCGAGCCCCCAGCCACUAGUGUGGCUGCUCGGAGCAGCUCCCAGCCUUCUGGCCGCUGGGGUAGGCCUGAAGCCCAUCGCAGGGUGGAAGCCAGGCCGCGGCUGAGGAACACUGGUUGGACCUGUCAGGAGUGCCAGGAGUGGGUUCCAGAUCGGGAGAGCUAUGUGUCCCACAUGAAAAAGAGCCAUGGUCGGACAUUGAAGCGGUACCCGUGCCGGCAGUGUGAACAGUCCUUCCACACCCCCAACAGCCUGCGCAAACAUAUCCGCAACAACCAUGACACAGUAAAGAAGGUCUACACCUGCGGGUACUGCACAGAGGACAGCCCCAGCUUUCCUCGGCCCUCCCUCCUGGAGAGCCACAUCAGCCUUAUGCAUGGCAUCAGAAACCCUGAUUUGAGCCAGACGUCCAAAGUCAAACCUCCGGGUAGACAUUCCCCUCAGGUGAACCAUCUGAAAAGACCAGUCAGUGGAGUGGGGGACGCUCCAGGCACCAGCAAUGGCGCAACUGUCUCUUCCACCAAAAGGCACAAGUCCCUUUUUCAGUGCGCGAAAUGUAGUUUUGCCACAGACUCAGGGCUCGAGUUUCAGAGCCACAUACCUCAGCACCAGGCGGACAGCUCCACAGCACAAUGUCUCCUCUGUGGUUUGUGCUACACCUCUGCCAGCUCCCUCAGCCGCCACCUCUUCAUUGUCCACAAGGUGAGAGACCAGGAGGAGGAGGAGGAGGAGGAAGAGGAGGAGGAGGAGGCGGCGGCAGCGGAGAUGGCAGUGGAGGCGGCAGAGCCAGAGGAGGGCUCUGGGGAGGAGGUGCCCAUGGAGACUAGAGAGAAUGGACUGGAAGAAUGUGUUGGCGAGCCUUUGUCAACUGACCCAGAGGCGAGGAGAUCACUGGGCCUGGCCCCUGAGGAGGAGGGUGGCCAAGAUGAUCACAGUCAACCACAAGCCUCUCAGGACCAGGACAGCCACGCACUGUCCCCUCAGGUGUGACCAGAGGCUUUGCAGUGUGCACGGUCAGGGGUGGUGCCAAAGUGUCUUCCACCUGCUGUGCAGACCAUGGGAAAUAAAAAGCUCUGCCCUCGGUGUGGGUGUGAGUGUGGCCGGUUGUACCCUGGAGUAGUGUCUGCCCUGAGCUGCCAGUGCUGGGUAUCCCCCGGCCCCAGGAAAUGUGGGGUCAGCCAGAACCCUCACAGCUCUGAAUUUGCUUCUGUUAUUUAUGGCUUUGUGCUGCUUCUUGGCACCCCAUCUCUUGUCUGUGUCCUUCCAACCCCAGGCUGCUUAUGUGGCCCAACCCCAAUGCUGUCCGCUAUGCUUGAACCCUGCAGCGGGUGUGCUCUUCCAGGAGGUUCCUGCUUGCUGCCUUCAGCCAGGGCACUCCUCAGAGCUCUGUUUUCCUGCAGACACCAGCUCUCCUUCCUGCCUUUAGAGCCUGAGAAGGAGGGAAAUGGGGGCUGCUGACACAGUCCCUCUUGGAGAGCUCUGCCUAGCCUGGUUUGGCAAGGGCCCUUAUUCACCUUGCCCUUCCUCCCUGUCUUCUCUGAUUCUUUUCCCACAAAAUAGUCCUAAUAACUAAUUGUCACACUGGCUCACCAUGUCUCUGUGAGUGGAGUGGGAGAAACCUCUGCUGCACACCUCUGUUUGGAACCUGGGGAAAGCAGGAGGUAAGGCCAAGGCAGGCAGACACCAGGGGCCAGACCCAUUGAGAAGGCGCUGUGGGUGGGUCUUCAUUCUGCCUUUCCUGGCAGGUGGGGUUGGGGCACACAGACAUUGGAAUAUUUGUACUCCUGCUCUUGUGCCAUUUGAGAGGCUGCUGCUCCAGGCAGGCCAGCCCCUCCUCCUCUUGGCUACACUCAUGUUGCUCAGACUAUAUUUCAAAUAAAAAAUCUUCUCACCAUG